CACCUUGGGAUGAACCACCUUGGGAUGGGCCACCAUGGGAGCAGCAGCCCAGGAGACGCCCGUGCAGAAGGGGCCCGCCCAGCCCCAGAGCCUUCCCCGGCCCUGGGGACGUCCCCUGGAACGAGGAGGAGCAGGACAGGAGGUGGGCACCCCCCGAGCGUCCCCUGCCACCGCCCUGGCAGGACAGAGCAGCCGUGCCAGGAGCUGAGGGUGACUUUGGAGAGUGCUGGUACCAGGAUCCACCUCCUGACCCCUGGCCUGAGUACCCCAAGGAGGAGCAGCCCCAGCCCUGGCCCCCGUCCGGCCCUGCAGGGGCACAGGCCGCGCUCCAAGCCCUCCUGCCCUGCCCCGUCCAGGAGGAGCCAGCCCGGGGCCAGGAAGGAGCCGCAGCCCCCGGAGCCUCCCCAGCGCCCGGAGCCGCCGCCAGGGGCUGCAGAGGGGCAGGAGCAGCCGCAGGACGUGCCAGCGGGGACUGGGGGUGUUCUGGAGCCCCCCAGCCCGGCCAGGAGCCCUCUGGAGAGCCCAGCUGCUGAUCCUGGUGCUGGUCCUGGUGCUGCAGAGCUGCAGGUGGAGCUGGGAGCUGGGCAGAGCCCUGUGGGCAGCCAGGAUCAGGGUCCCUGUGCUCCAGGAGCAGAUCCAGCCCCUCCUGAGGAGAUCUCCAGGAAUCCUGAGAUCCAGGAGCACCUUGAGCCUCUGCAGAGCCUUCAUCCUCCUGAGAACCCUCAGCUUCCUCCAGGACCUGCGGCAGAGCCCCAAGCCCAGCCCAGCCCAGCUGCUCCUGGCGCCUGCACCCCACCGGAGACCUCCACAGCGCCCCAGAGCCCGCCCGGGGCUGGUGCCACCAACCUGGCUGUGUGUGGCCAGCAGCAGCCCAGCCCAGAGCCCCCCACGCCAUUCCCAGCCGGAAUCGACUCCCGCUCGGCUGCUGUGCUCAGGAGGAAGGCAAAGAUCGAGCUGUCGUACCAGCAGUUCAGCCUGAGCAUCGCCGUGGUGGCCACGAUGCUGCUGCACCAGGAGCCCUCGAUGGAGGCGGCGCUGGGGGUGGCGCUCAGGGCCAACCUGCGCCAGGGCCGCCUGCACCACCUGCAGCAGCUGGAGGAGUUCAUCGACAGCCUCGACUCCGUGGGCUCCAGCAGCCUCUGA